AUGGCGACGACGGCGACGGCGACCGCGCUCGAGGGGACGACGGCGGUGAUGGAGACGACGACGGUGCACGCGACCGGAGCGACGGAGACGCCGGCGACGCGCUCGCACGUGUCGCCGUUCGCCAAGGCGAGGGCGGCGAGGGCGGCGGCCGGGACGACGACGACGACGACGAUAGAGGCGGUGGCGAAGGAGACGGCGAAGGUUGAGAAUCUGGCGACGGAGAAGAAGAAGGAGACGAAGACGGAGAAGGAGACGGCGAAGGUCGAGACGCUGGCGACGGAGAAGAAGGAGACGAAGACGGAGAAGGAGACGGAGACGGCGUCUACGGCGCAGAAGACUUCGGCGCAGCAGUCCGACGCACAUCUGAGACCGACACAGAAGACUUCAGGACAGAAGGGCGGUAAGAUGAGUGGAGCUGGUGCGAAGAAGCGAAAAGACGGUGGCGGCAAACAGAAGAAUCAAACGCAGAAGAAGCAAAAAAUCGGCGAUGCCAACGCAAAGUUCACAAAGAAAGAUUGGACGUGCUCUAAGUGUAGUUAUACGAACUACUCGAAGAACAAGGAGUGUAGAAAGUGCAAGACUUCGAAGCCAGUGAAAUCGGGCCGUAACGCCGCAGAGGAGUAUUUGGCUGCGUGGGCAAUCAUGGAGAAGACCGAGGUGGAACCAAUCCAUCACGAAUACCUUCUGAAACAAGUGGGCAUGCUCAAUGAGCUUCGAGAAGAAUUUUUCGAAUUUUUUGUUCAAUACUGUGCGUCCAUGGUUGGAGAUCGCAGAAAACGAAUGCGGCGCAGCGCCAUCAAGGCCCACAUUCGCAUGACUCAAGUUGUUGAUGCGCUAGCCAACAAGGAUGUGAGCCAAGGAGGAAGUGACAGCGACGGCGAUGGUGAGAGCGAGAGUGGGAGUGAGAGUGAAGAAGAUAAGAAUCCGUCGGAGGUCCCGACCGAUACUACUAUGACUGAUGCAACCCCGGCUGCUGAGCUCGCAGUUGCGCCGUCUCAAGGCGCAAAGAAGAACAAAUCGCGUGGGAACAGAGGUGGGAAGAGAGGCAGAGGUGGCGCUGGUGGAGCGACUAAAGCUGCGACGUAG